CUAGAAACAAUGAACGUCACUGUGAUGAAGGUCCUCAAUGGGUCUGAGCGGUGUCCCAGGGACACACGGAUCACUGAGCUGCUCUUUCCAGCCCUCUACACUGGCAUCUUCCUCACCGGCCUCCUGCUCAACACUCUGGCCCUGUGGGUGUUCAGUCACAUCCCCAGCUCAUCCACCUUCAUUGUCUACCUCAAAAACACACUGGUGGCUGACUUGGUAAUGACACUCAUGCUUCCAUUCAAAAUCCUCUCUGAUGCACACCUUGCACCCUGGCAACUCCGAGCUUUUGUGUGCCGCUUCUCAGCCGUCGUCUUGUAUGAGGCCAUGUACGUGGGUAUCACUCUGCUGGGCUUUAUCGCCUUUGACAGAUUCCUCAAGAUCAUCAGACCUUUUGGGAAAUUUUUCGUACAGAAACCUGCUUUUGCAAAAAUAGUCUCAGCUUUCAUCUGGCUCUUCAUGUUCCUCAUCUCGCUGCCAAAUAUGAUUUUCAGUAACCGGGAGGCAACACCACAAAGAGUGAAGAAGUGUACAUCUCUGAAAAGUUCUCUGGGGUUGAAAUGGCAUGAAGUGGUGAAUUACAUAUCCCAGUUUAUUUUCUGGAUGGUGUUUGUUCUCAUGCUUCUGUUCUAUAUGGUCAUUGCAAAAAAAGUAUAUGAAUCAUACAGAAGAUCCAAAAGUAAGGACAGUAGAAACAACAAAAAGCUGGAAGGUAAAGUGUUUGUUGUGGUGGCUGUGUUCUUUGUAUGUUUUGUCCCAUUUCAUUUUACCAGAGUUCCAUACACUCUCAGUCAAACUAACAAUAAGACUGACUGUAGGCUGGGAAAUCAACUGUUUCUUGCAAAGGAAACAACUCUCUUUAUGGCAGCAAGUAACAUUUGUAUGGAUCCCUUAAUAUAUAUAUUUUUAUGUAAAAAAUUCACAGAAAGACUACCAUGUAUGAGAAGAAAAAAGACCGCAGCAUCAAGCCAAGACAAUCACAGUAGUCAGACAGACAAUAUAACCCUAAAUUGA